AUGUCUGGUACUGCUAAUGGAACCAACGGGACUGCUGGGGAUCAGCCUGCGGCUAAUGUCACGGGUCAACUGGCUGCACUCGCUGCACCAACUUUGCCUAGUAACAUAAGCGCAGCACUUUCGCCUGACAAAUUCGAUGGCACGAAUUUCAAGCAGUGGCAACAGAAGAUGCACUUCUUCCUUACCACGCUGAACCUGGCAAAAUAUCUUGUUGAGACAAAGCCUGAGGUGCCUGCUACUCAAGAGGCAAACCCAGAUCCACGAGUACACAUGACUCUGGAGAACUGGAACCAAGGAGAUUUCCUGUGCAAAGGUUACAUUCAAAGUCGCCUGGUGGAUCAACUGUUCAAUGUGUACAGUGAGGUCAAAACAUCCAAGGAGCUGUGGGAAGCCUUGGAUAAGAAGUACAAGACGUUCAAUGUGGGCUCAGGAAAAUUUGCUGCUGCAAAAUUUCUCAACUUCGUAAUGGUGGACUCAAAACCCAUCAUGGACCAAGUGCAUGACCUGCAGAUGAUACUCCAAGAGAUAUCAGAUGAAGGGAUGAAGAUCUGUGAGACUUUCACAGUGAAUUGCUUCAUUGAGAAGUUACCCCCUGGAUGGGCAGACUUCAAGAACUAUCUUGCCUUCAAGCAAAAGGCAUUGACUUUGGCCAACUUGGUUUCCAGGCUGCAGAAUGAGUCACUGAAGCGUGAAAAAGCUGAACCAGUUCAGACUCAUGAUGCAAAUGUGGCCGAAUUUCGCAACAAACCUAAAGGCAGGUUUAACCCCAACAAGGGUGCACUCAACAAGGUUGCUAAUCAGGCCUCCACGGGCUUUAAGAAACAGGCCCAAGCCCACCAAUUCCCAAAGAAGAAAUCUGGAUUCUCAGGGAAGUGCAAUCACUGUGGCAAGGUUGGACAUCGCGGAGCCGAUUGUCGCAGCAAGGCCAAGGAGAAAAACCAAGCCAACUUGACAGAGUCUGACAUGGUGGCUGUUGUUACAGAAGCCAACAUGGUUGAAGAGAAUCCGGCACUAUGGUGGUAUGACACUGGUGCUACCACACACAUCUGCAUUGACAGACAGAUGUUCAGCACAUACCAGAAAAGCAAGGGAGAUGAUCGUCUGCUGAUGGGAAAUGUGUCCCACUCCAAGAUUGAAGGCACUGGAAAGGUGGUCCUGAAGAUGACAUCUGGAAGAGAGCUCACACUCAACAAUGUGAAGCAUGUUCCAGACAUGAGGAAGAAUCUGAUUUCUGGCACUCUGAUGAGCAAGCAUGGAUUCGCCAUCAACUUUGAGUCUGACCAGCUGAUUCUCAGGAAACAUGGUGUUUUUAUAGGAAAAGGUUUUGUUAAGGAUGGACUGAUUAAGAUGUGUGUAUCUCCAGUCCAAAGAAACAAUGUUGUACCUGUUUCCAAUGAUUUGAUUAAUAAGAAACCAGUUACUUAUUUGGUUGAGUCUUCUAAUAUUUGGCAUGAAAGAUUAGGACAUGUAAAUUAUAAGUCCAUUGAAAGACUUAUGAAUUUGAACCUAAUUCCGAAAAGCAAAAUAAGCAAAGACAAAUGUGAGAUAUGUGUACAAGCAAAACUCACUAAAACACCAUCUCCUCAUGUCGAAAGAACAACUGAACCUCUGGGACUAAUACACACAGAUUUGUGCGACUUGAAAUAUGUACAAACCAGAGGGGGCAAAAAGUAUUUUGUGACUUUCAUAGAUGAUUGUACAAGAUACUGCUACGUCUACUUGCUGCGUAGCAAAGAUGAAGUUUUGGAAAAAUUCAAGGAGUACAAGACUGAAGUUGAAAACAACUGGGCAAAACCAUUAAAAUGGUUAGAAGUGAUAGAGGAGGUGAGUAUGAUGGACCUUUCAAUGCCUUCUGUCAAGAGAAAGGCAUCAUACAUCAGACCACUGCUCCCUAUUCACCAGAAUCUAACGGAGUUGCAGAAAGAAAGAAUCGAACUCUGA